UGCAAGACACCAAAAAAUGAAACACUUCAGCCACCCUCAUGGUCUAGAGCAAUCUGAAGUGCAAAAAGAGGAAGAAAUGAUCUGCUCAGGUUGCGAACAAGAACUUUCCGGUCUGGCUUACAUUUGCAAGAAGCGAAACUGCGAUUUCUUCCUCCACGAAUCGUGUUUCAAACUGCCUCCAAAUAUUCAGCACAAAUUUCACUCUGAUCACCCUCUUGAUCUAAAAUCCGGACCGCCCGAGUAUAGUCUUUAUUAUCCUUGUGAUGCUUGUGGUGAUAGCAUUAAUGCCUUCGUUUACCAGUGCCAGAAAUGCGAUUUCAAAAUCCAUGUGACAUGCGCUUUUCUGCCAGAUACUGAAAUUUGUAAAUCUCAUACACACCCUCUUAAUCUCUUGCAUUCGACGCCAAAUUCUUCAGAGGAUGAUUUGAUUUACACGUGUGAUGUUUGUGAUGGUACUUUAUCAGAAGGUUACUGGUGUUAUUAUUGUCCUGACUGUGAUUUCGGUACGCAUUUAGAGUGCAUAAAAUCUUCUGAUUUGUCCAAAGAAGAAGACGAUCAAGAAGAGGAAGAGGAAGAAGAAAGCGACGAAGAAGAAUCUGAUCAAGUGAAAUUAAUUCGUACAAGAAUAAAGGCUGAAAAUCAAAUGGCGAGGCUGGAGUUUCAAAUGAAAAUGGCUAAACUAAAUGCAGAAUCAAUGGCAUCGAUUAGCCGAACUUAUUUUUGAUGGUUUUAAUAUCUUUAUUGUCUUAAUUAUAUCAAUGUCUGUGUUUUAUGAUGUUCAAAACAUCUUGAUACUUGUCUGGAAUGUAGUUUUCUCAUUCCGUUUC